GGCGUGUCCCGGGCGCUGCGGGCUGAGCGCGGUGCUGGCCCUGCUCUGCCCCUGCUCGGCGCCUCGGUCCGGCCUCACGCUGCGAGGGAGCCGCGCACCGGCGGCGGAGGGGAAAGCAGACAGAUGCAUGUGAGUGCCCCAUGGCUGCAGCUGCCUCAGUUCACUCAUUUAUUGCCUAUUGUAACUUGGAAGAAUUCUUUAGACACUGCAGAACAGUUUUUCUGUGGUUGGUGGCUUCACAGGUCGGUUCAUCUUCUGGGACCCAUCCCUGCCUUCUGGUUAAGGAAUCCAUGCACACAUACAGGAUGACUCAAGAGUGGGAUGGAUGUUCAGAUACCAGAAAGGUGCUGGUAACUUGACAGGAACCUCCACAUUCUUUGAAGAGACCUGUUGCACGUGAGACCUUUCAGAAACCUGUGUAGUUUGAAUACCUUGGAUUGUUACAUUCUGAAACUUUCACCAUGAAGAGAGCUGGGCAGAAGGUGGUGGCUGGAACUGAAGCUCCUGGAACAUCACAGACAAACAAAAAACAGAAAACUAGUUUAUGUGGCUCAGGGUUUGGGGAAUCUGAGCCGUGCACCUCGAUGGACUGGGGCAGCCUUCCCCACCACGUGAUCCUGCGUGUUUUUCAGUUCCUGACUUUAGUGGAUAGAGCCAGGGCAUCUUCUGUUUGUCGAAGGUGGAAUGAAGUUUUUCACAUCCCAGAUCUCUGGAGGAGGUUUGAAUUUGAACUUAGCCAGCCAGCCACUUCUUAUUUAAAGUCUACACAUCCAGAUCUCAUUCAGCAGAUUAUCAAGAGGCACGCUGACCAUCUGCAGUACGUCAGCUUCAAGGUUGAUAGUAGUACUGAGUCAGCAGAAGCAGCCUGUGACAUCCUUUCUCAGCUGGUGAAUUGUUCUAUCAAGACACUAGGUUUGAUCUCUACAGCAAAACCAAGCUUCAUGAAUGUCUCUAAGGCUCAUUUUGCAUCAGCACUGACAGUAGUUUUUGUGAAUUCCAAGUCAUUAUCAUCAAUCAAGAUAGAUGACACACCCCUUGAUGAUCCUUCCUUGAAGGUUCUUGUUGCUAACAACAGUGAUACUCUAAAACUACUAAAAAUGAGCAGCUGUCCUCAUGUUUCACCUGCUGGCAUUCUUUGUGUGGCUGAUCAGUGCCAUGGACUCAAGGAGCUGGCUUUGAACUACUACAUAUUAAGUGAUGAACUGCUGCUGGCUCUUUCCAGUGAAAAGCACGUUGAUCUGGAACACCUUCGCAUUGACGUCGUGAGUGAAAAUCCCGGCCAAGUUCAGUUUCACACCAUUAAAAAACAAAGCUGGGACGCUCUUGUUAAACACUCCCCCAAAGUCAACAUUGUCAUGUAUUUCUUCUUGUAUGAAGAUGAAUUUGAUGUUUUCUUCAGAGAGGAAACACCUGUCACACACCUGUACUUCGGCCGUGCAGUCAGCAAGGCCAUGCUGGGCCGCAUUGGCAUGAACUGCCCGCGGCUGAUCGAGCUGGUGGUGUGCGCCAAUGGACUCCAGCCCCUGGAUGAUGAACUGAUCCAGAUCGCUGAGCGCUGCAAGAACCUGACUGCCAUGGGGCUGGGGGAGUGUGAGGUCACCUGCAGAGGUUUUAUUGAAUUUGUCAAGAUGUGUGGGGGCAGGCUUACUCAGCUUUCCAUCAUGGAGGAGGUGCUGAUUCCAGAUAGUGAUUACAGCUUGGAUCGGCUCCAUCUGGAAGUCUCCAAGCACCUUGGAAGAAUGUGGUUUCCUGAUAUGAUGCCCACGUGGUAAAUUCUCUGUGUGGAUAAAAUUGUGGGAUGGGGGUGCUGCUUUCUAUGCAAAUAAAAAAUUUAAAAAUCAAA